CUUGGAUUGGAGUAAUUUGCUUGGGGCGGUUACUGAAGUGUGUCCGGGCGUGACUUUGUGAGUUUCUUGGUGUGCUAUAGCAAAAAUGGGUGCUUACAAAUUCAUGCAAGAGCUAUAUCGUCGUAAGCAGUCGGAUGUCAUGCGUUACAUACAGCGCAUGAGAUGCUGGGAGUAUCGUCAAACUCAUGCAAUCGUCCGACUAACUCGACCAUCACGGCCUGAUAGAGCCAGAAGACUUGGUUACAAGGCUAAACAAGGUUUUGUGAUCUAUCGCAUACGCAUACGUCGUGGUGGGAGGAAGCGUCAAGUCCCGAAAGGACAACCCUGCGGUAAACCAACUAAUGAGGGUGUAAAUCAACUGAAAAAUCAGCGCUCAAUCCAAGCUGUUGCCGAGGAACGUGUAGGUCGUAAGUGUGGGUCACUCAGAGUUCUGAAUUCCUACUGGGUUGGCGAAGAUAGCACAUUUAAAUUCUACGAAGUCAUUUGUGUAGAUCCGUUCCACAAGGCCAUCAGACGAGAUCCUGAAGUUCGAUGGAUUUGUAAGGCCCAUCAAAAACACAGAGAAAUGCGUGGAUUGACAUCAGCCGGUUACAAGUCCAGAGGACUUGGUAAAGGACAUAAGUUCCACAAAACAAUUGGUGGUUCUAGACGUGCCAACUGGAAACGUAUCAACACUGUUGAAAUGCGACGAAAGCGUUGAUCACUUUAGUUCAAUACAUAUUUGCGGCACCGA